AUGUUUAGAAUAGCUAAGAAUAUCGUGAAGACGUUCGAACAGAGCGUCUCAGACACCAUAGGCGCCGGUUCGCAUCUGGACUCGUACUUUGCAAGCUUGCCGUCCGAGCUGUUGGUGCCCGGAAACAACACCAACGAGGCGCUCCAUGGGCUCAGAGUGCUUAGUUGCGACGUUGCGCAGCUUCAAUUGCAGUCCUUCUUCGACUACAUUGUUGGAAUCAACUCGCAGCCGCUGCCUUUAGUCCAAAACCAACAUGGCUACCUGUACCCGGAUUUCGGAGCCGUGACGCGAAUUCUGAACGCUGCCUGCGGGUCCAGUGUAGCGCUCAAUGUGUGGUCGGGCCGUGGUGGUACAUUCAGAACCGAAUAUCUACGCGUGGAGCGCAAACAGAACGUUGAGGAUGUUCCACUCGAUGCUUCCGGCGCGCAGGAGUAUCAUGUUUUCGAGAAACUAGGCUUUUCGGUCCAGUGGACCCCGUUGAUUGCUUCUAGUUACACCUAUCAUGUCUUAAACAUUACCGACCAGUCCAGCCCUGCGGGCCGUGCCGGUCUUGUACCCCGUGAGGACUUCGUGAUAGGAUGCCAGGAGGGACUACUUGCAACAGGAGGCGAAACGCUGCUUCAGGAUAUCUUAAGAUCCAGAGCAAAUCACGAACUAGAACUCUACGUCUACAAUGCGGUCAGUGAGUGCGUACGUCCCGUCACUGUGCAUAUUGGUGGAGACGGAAGACUGGGCUGCAACAUGGGCUAUGGUUACCUGCACCGCAUACCUGCUCCUAUCGCCCAAAACAAUGAUUAUGGAUUCCACAAUCCAUUGGGCGACGAGGCCCAACCGGCCGUAACAUCCACAACAUACGAUCAGCCCUCUUCGUCCGGCGAGUCUUUCAUUCCAGCAGGUAACUCUGCCACUAUGCCUGAUGUUUCGGACACUGCACCUCCCACUACAUCCCAGUUUAUUGUGCCACCACCCACUCAUAGGCGGAAGACUAGAAAUGCAAAUGCAGCUGCAACUGCAGCUUCUAUUCAAGACUACUUCCAAGAAGGAAAGGACCCCAGUCCUGCUUCUGCUACAAAACACACUUCAAGCUCACCAAUACCACCACCACCGCCAAGCUUAGCCCAUAAAGAAGAACCUGCAGACGAUAGUCCAGAAGCAUAG